CCCUCCCAUUCUGCAAAAUAUAAUAAAAUUGUAAAUCUCUAUCUUCUCUCUCUCCCCUUUCUUCCCCUUCCUCAUUUGUCUCGUAUAAAUUCUCGCAUCGUCGCGUUUCUCAUUUCUCCUCUCUUUCUCACUUACUGCGUCUUUCACAAUCUUAACAUUUCCCCAUUCUGAACAACCACACGAUAGGGUUUGUUUCACUUUGCCUGUUUAAGGUGCGGGUAUGUGUGCGACUUUCAAUUUUAAUUUAAUUGAACCAACCCGUUUUUUUCUCCCCCACUUUCCCAUGAGUCUGUCGCUCAGAUUGUGGUUCCCCUUUUUCUUUUUCUUUUUUCUCUUCCUUUUCGGUUUCCGAGAGAUUGAAAUGGUGGUUUAGCUGCCCUCUUCUUUGUGUUUGUUUAGAUUUUAGGCUUCUCAAAUGGUGGUUUAGGGUGUGCUUGUAACGGGGGAUUGACAGAGGAAUAUAAAUUGGGUUUUGAGGGUGGUGGUGAGGGUAAAUAUUUGGGCGAAGAUGGCAGAUUUUCAACCGCUACAACAGAAGCCUGAAUCCACUGAUGCCCAUACUGACUUUGAACGUGGGCUGGAGGACUUUAUGCGGGGCCACUUGGAUGAUUGCAUGUCCUUUGCUUCAUGUAGUUCUGCCCGGACUCAGGAUGGGGAGGAUGAUGAGGGUGAUCAGCUAGCUAGGAGGAGGAGAAGAUCUGAUCUUGAGGGGGAUGAUUUAGCAGAGUCAUCAGCUGCACGCCGGCGCCACUCACGGAUUUUGAGCAGAUGGGCUGCCCACCAGGCCCAAGAGAUGAUAACUACAAUUGAGAGAAGGAAUCGGGAGUCUGAGUUGAUGGCACUUGCUGGGUUGCACACAGUCUCAAUGUUGGACUCCUCUUUUUUGAGGGGAUCACAGACUCCAACUUCUGGCCAGGAGGGGGCUGUAGAGAGGCCCAACACUCAGGCUUCUGCAAUUCUUCAGAUGUGGCGUGAAUUGGAGGAUGAACACUUGCUUAGUCGGGCGCAUGAAAGGAUGAGGGAAAGGCUGCGUCAACAAAGGAUUGCUGAUUCUAAUGCCAACGGAUCAAGUACCAUUUCAGAUAGUCGGGGAAGUGAGAAUCAGGGGAGUUUGGUGGAUGCAAGUGAAAGUGAAAAUGAUUAUGGUACUUGGUCGCAUGAUCAGAUUCAAUCAAGGCAUGAAAAUGGCGACCAUAAUGGGUCUAGCAGGGAGCAAUCUCCUGAUCUUGGUGAGGUUGAGAGGGAGAGAGUUAGGCAGAUUGUGCGGGGAUGGAUGGAAAGUGGCAUCAGUGAUCAUUCAUCUGAUGCAAGUCAAAGAAACAAUAAUCGCAGAGCAGAGUGGCUUGGUGAAACAGAGCGUGAAAGGGUGAGAAUUGUCAGGGAGUGGGUGCAAAUGACAAGUCAACAGCGAGGUUCUCGUGGGAGCCGGAGGGAUAGUCAACCCACUGAAAGUGGCUCUCGAGUUGAGAGAGUCCGUGAUGGAUUGUUAACUGAUCAUGAUGAUGGCCAGCCAGAGCAUGUACGCAGAGAUUUGUUGAGGUUGCGUGGACGACAAGCUUUGGUUGAUUUGCUUGUGAGGGUUGAAAGGGAAAGACAAAGAGAGCUGCAGGGUUUGUUGGAGCACCGUGCUGUUUCUGAUUUUGCUCAUCGUAACCGCAUUCAGUCAUUACUCAGAGGUAGAUUCCUCCGAAAUGAAAGAACUAUAGAAGACGAGAGACCUCCUUCUGUGGCAGCAAAUGAAUUAGUUCAGUUAAGACAACGUCACACAGUCUCUGGUUUAAGAGAAGGGUUUCGCUCAAGAUUAGAAAAUAUUGUUCGUGGUCAAGCUAGCAGCAAUUCUGAUGCCAUGUCUAAUAGUAAUAGCAGCGAAACCAGAAGUGAUGUGAACCAAGAAAACAAUUCAACAGAUGCCCAGCACGAAAUUUAUGAACAAGGGCAGGUUAGGAGCCUGGAAACUGAUGUGCAGCAGUUGGCUGAUCAAACAGGAGCUUUCGAAAGUAGCACUAGUGAGAGUAUGAGUUGGCAAGAAACUAGUAAUCAAGGGGGAAACUGGCAGGAACAAGUUACUGAAGAUGGUCGUAGAAAUUGGCCACGGAGAGCUUAUGGUCCGUUGAAUCAAUUAAGAGAUGGAAGGGCUGCAAGUGAUUGGCGGCAUGAUUCUCCAAUAAAUGUUGAAGGGGAAGAUGCUCAUCCACGAGAAGCUCGGGGAAUUUGGCAUCAGGAUAAUUCAAGGGAAGCUGCUGGUAAUUGGUCUGAAGAGCCCUCUGGUCCUCCAAGGAAUCGACGUGGUGUUCCUUUUAGGAGAUUCAAUAGGUUUCAUCCACCAGAGGAUGAUAAUGUAUAUAGCAUGGAGCUUAGAGAACUUUUGAGCAGGAGAAGUGUUUCCAAUCUUCUUCGCAGUGGUUUCCGUGAAAGUCUGGACCAAUUAAUCCAGUCAUACGUGGAAAGGCAAAACCGUGCACCUAUUGACUGGGAUUUGCACAGAAACUUGCCAACACCAGCUCCUGCCUCACCUGACGGGGAUCCUGAACAACAGGCAGAUGAACGAAAUGGGGCUCAACAUGAUGCUAUUAAUAGGCCUUCUCUAGUGUUGCCAUCUCCGCCAGUUCCUCCACCUCAACCGCUUUGGCACCAGGACUUGCAUCAGACUGGAUGGUCUCGCCAUAGCAUGCAUCGGUCUGAAAUUGAAUGGGAGAUAAUCAAUGAUUUGAGAUCAGAUAUGGCAAGACUUCAGCAAGGCAUGAAUCACAUGCAGAGGAUGUUGGAGGCUUGCAUGGAUAUGCAGCUGGAGUUACAACGCUCUGUCAGACAGGAAGUGUCUGCAGCGCUGAAUCGUUCAGCGGGUGAAAGUGGAAUGGGCGCCGAGACAUCUGAAGAUGGGUCUAAAUGGGGCCAUGUAAAAAAAGGAACUUGUUGUGUUUGUUGUGAUAGCCAUAUUGAUUCGCUUUUGUACAGAUGUGGUCACAUGUGCACUUGUUCAAAAUGUGCCAAUGAAUUAGUUCGUGGUGGAGGAAAGUGCCCUUUAUGCCGAGCACCUAUUGUGGAGGUGAUCCGAGCAUAUUCCAUUGUGUAAAGAGGAAGUUCAAAGGGCACGGGAAAGAGAAACGUAAAAUUGAUAAGGUGGUAGGAUCUGAGGGAGUAAAUCUUGAUUCUUAAACCCUCAGGUUCUUAUCUGUAGAGUGUUCAGUAGCUGUCUGUUUUUCUUAUUAUACAUUGAACACUGUGAAUUGUAUAAUUGGAUUAACGAUGGCGCUGCUGAUUCAUCAUUCUUGCGUAAAUAAAUAGUCGGCCUCCAUAUUCUUUCCUAUAUUUAA